AUGUCUGGCAGAGGGAAAGGAGGCAAAGGACUGGGCAAAGGCAGAGCCAAGCGGCACCGUAAAGUGCUCCGUGAUAACAUCCAGGGCAUCACCAAACCAGCCAUCCGGCGCCUGGCUUGGCGUGGCGGUGUCAAGCACAUCUCAGGGCUGAUCUACGAGAAGACCCGCGGGGUGCUGAAGGUUUUCCUGGAGAAUGUGAUCAGGGAUGCGGUCACCUACACCGAGCACGCCAAGCACAAAACGGUGACUGCCAUGGAUGUGGUGUACAUUCCGAAACGCCAGGGCUGCACUCUCUAUGGCUUUGGCGGCUGA